UUUUUUUUUCUUUUUCCAACUUUUAUUCAAUUCUUUUUGGUAUUAGAAAUCAUAAGUCAACCUCACCUCAUCAUUUGGUCUUGGUUCUUCCAAACACCACCUCAUUUCCCACUUUCUUUUCUCACCUUUACUAUCAUCAAUCUUCUUUCAUUCUCUUGUCCUUCAUUCUUUUCUACUUAUAUCUUUCUCUUUAUAUCUCUACCAUUAUUAUUAUUCAUUAUCAUCAUCAUUAUCAUUAUAUCUCUAUAUAAUUAGAGACUAAUUACGUUGGCGCUCUCCAUCGUUCAUUCAUUCUAUUUUUCGUCGUCAUGGGUAGUAGUAGCAUGAAGGUGCACCCCUUUGCACGUGGCAUUUGGGAUAAUCAUCAAUCUCAUGACUCCCAAGCCGCCCUUUCUCUCGGAUGCAAACGGUUUCGGCCUCUUGCUCCUAAGGUUGCCACCAACAAUGUUGUUAAUAACCCUAGUUUUGAUCUCAAAAGCUUCAUUAAACCCGAGAGCGGUCCAAGAAAGGUUGUUUCCCCUUCUGAUCAUAAGAAAGAUUCAGCCACUCAACAGGUGGAAUCGCAUCCGGGAGGAACGAGAUGGAACCCUACACAAGAGCAGAUAGGGAUCUUAGAGAUGUUGUACAGAGGAGGAAUGCGGACACCAAAUGCACAACAGAUAGAGCAGAUAACGGAGCAACUAAGCAAGUACGGCAAGAUCGAAGGGAAGAAUGUAUUUUACUGGUUUCAAAAUCAUAAAGCUCGUGAAAGACAAAAGCAGAAGCGCAGUAACCUUGGCCUUAGUCACAAUCCCAGGACACCUACUGCUUCUCCUACUCAAAUUGACACUUCCGUUACAUUAACUCUAGACACAAGGCAGGCGGACAUAGAAGAGCAACAGAUAAGUCCAUACAAGAGGAAGUAUAGGAGCUGGCCAACAUUCCAAUGCUCGGACACGAACCCGAAGAAGGAUCAUAUGAAUGAGGAAGACAAAACCCUUGAGCUAUUCCCAUUGCACCCGGAAAGCCGAUGAAUAAUGAAGGAUGAUUUAUCAUAUGUAACUUUCAUUAUAAUUAUGCAGUAAAUUUUUCUUAAUUAGUAUUAUUAUUGUAGCUAGUAUUAGUAUUAUUUAUCUUAAUUAUGCUAUCAUGAUGAUGGAGAUGCGCUUUUCUUUCUUCUUUUCCCUUUUUUUCUCAUAUAGGAAAAGAAGAAAGACAAGAUGAUCUAUCUUUGUAAUAACAGUUAGUUAUGUUAUUAUGCUCCUUCUGAUUAAUGCCAGAUUUUCUGACUUUUUAAGGCUCAAA